AUGUUAAAGGGAGCGAAGACUGAGGCCCCGCCCCCUGACGGCAGGUGCAGCCUCCUCAAGGCAUUAAAUCAGUGUCUGUGCGCGAGCCGCUCAUUACUGCCGCUUCCUGCGCUGCUGAACAUGGGCGCGCAUUUCCUCCUUCUCUAAACACAGGUUUAGUGAUCAGCAACAAGCAAGAUGAGCUGGGCAGCACUGUACAGCCAGCUAGGAGGAGUGAACAAACACUCCACUAGUCUGGGAAAGAUCUGGCUCUCUGUUCUUUUCAUUUUCCGCAUCACCAUCCUGGUCCUGGCCGCUGAGAGCGUCUGGGGAGAUGAACAGUCAGACUUUACUUGCAACACACAGCAACCAGGUUGCAAAAAUGUCUGCUAUGACCACUUCUUUCCAGUCUCUCACAUCCGUUUCUGGUGCCUACAGCUGAUCUUCGUUUCCACUCCGGCUCUACUGGUGGCCAUGCACGUGGCAUAUCGCAGGCGUGGCGUCAAGAAAGAACUCAUUGCAUGUAAGGGUGAUAAAGCAACAGACGACGACCUGGAGGGUUUGAAGAAGAGACGCUUGCCCAUUACAGGCCCACUGUGGUGGACCUACACUUCUAGCCUCUUCUUCAGGCUGGUUUUUGAAGCUGGCUUCAUGUAUGCCCUCUACUUUGUCUAUGAUGGCUUCCAGAUGCCACGUCUUGUCAAGUGCGAACAGUGGCCUUGUCCAAAUAAAGUUGACUGUUUCAUCUCACGACCAACAGAGAAGACAGUUUUCACCAUUUUCAUGGUGGGAUCUUCUGCUUUGUGCAUUGUGCUCAACGUUGCAGAGCUGGUCUAUCUGAUCAUUAAGGCAUUAAUGAGAUGCUUAUCAAGAACCAAGAGGAGGCACUCGUAUAGCCACUCACCAGACAUGUCUAAGGAUGGGGCUCUCUUGCAGAACAAAAAGAAUGAGAUGUUGCUUUCAUCAGUCUCUGAGUCCUGUAAUAGCAAGUCGGUAUAAGAAGUCCAGUGUUUUGUCGAAUUAAACUUGAUUUUUUUUUUCCCCAUGAAUGAACAUGACAAAACAUUAAAAAAGAGAACAUUUAAUGCAGUUUCACUACUUCACUAGUAUAACAUUCCCUUCUGCUAAAAAAAGAAGCACAAAGCACUUGGUCAUGAAUGUCUGAACACAUUUAUUACUGGUUAACGCGUGGCCUUGUUGUUCACAUUCCACAAUUGUGUUCUCAUUUGGGGAGAAAUAGACACCUACUGGUAACCAAAUACAAAUAAAGUUAACUUGCUGCCUAUGUUUUUCAGUUUAUUUUAUAUUGUUACUUCAGACAGAUAAAUGUCUAUACUUUAAGAUGUUCUUAACAAUGCAGUCUUUUGGCAGGUAGCAUAAUAUUUAUAGACUGCUAGGCAGUGAUUCGAUCUGAAGCCUUAUUCGCAAAGGGUCUGUUUCGAGAGCUUAGCCUCUUUUUGCUUGCAUUUUAACUUUGAAAACAAUGGAGUUAUUUUUUUUUAAUUAAUUGUUAUGCUUGAUUGAUAAACAUGAAAUUAGAUUAGAUGUCUCAUGUAAGCACAAAAUCAUGUGCUUUAAUCUGCUAAUAGUGCAGUUAAAAAUUGUGGGUUUAAAUGUCUGAAUGUCUGUCAUUUAUAUAAAAAAUUGGCGAUUUAUAUAAUGUUUUGGCAAUUGUGUUAUUCUGUAAUAUAAGAAAUUGCAUUCCUAUAUUGACUUCCAUGAGCAAAAUUUGUCUUGCAAAAGUUUGUUUACAACUUGCCUUAUUUAAUGAAUGUGGCUACAUAUGUUGUAAAAAGUCUUUCAAGCUUUUGUGCAGUUCUGAACAUAACCAGAUAACUCCCAAUGGACAGGAGGUCCCAGUAUGGCAAGAUAUUUCACCUCUGGUCUGGAUUCUCAUUGGACUGUAGUGUUUUGUCCUAUUCUCAAAACACCUGACCUUGCCUUCAUGUAGUGCUUGGAUUCAGGGUCAAACCGAAACUUUAGGACAGACGGCCUUUAGGACUGUAGAAGAGAGACUUUGCAAUAUUGAACCUUUUUCAGCACCUGUACAUCAUCCUGUCAUGUCAUUCAAGGCAUCUGAACAUUUUUUCCUGCUUUUUGUACAAUCACGUGAACACAUUUGUUAUGCUUUAUGUAAAAAUUGCAAAGAUCUGUGUAGUCCAUAAAGAAAAGAUAAAUAAAUGAGAUUUAAUACUU